CCUUUCCCCUCCCCCUUUCCCUUCCCCCUCACACCCAGCUGUCUUUCUAGCAUGAUGCCCUUUUUCAUCCACAUUUGUGUUUCAGGUGUAGAGAGCAGAGAGUGAGCUGGGAGCGGGCUUUUGUCUAGCUGCUCUACUGCUUGCCAUUACCAAGGGUCUUUUCAGGCUUUCCACCCCAUCUUGCAAAGACCACCCCACACCCGCCCCCGCCUUUUCUUAUAAAGCCACUGAACUUUGGGAGAGGCUGGUCUCCCUGGACUGAAGAGAGAGAGUGCAAGGCCAGGACUGUUAAAGAUUCUCAAAAUGGUUUUUUACCCAGAUCUCUCUGGCUGGGUCAAUCAAGACCCAUUUCCAAACAAGGAAAUGGAGGGGAGGCUUCCUAAGGGAAGACUUCCUGUCCCUAAGGAAGUGAACCGCAAGAAGAUGGAAGAGAGUGAGGCUGCCUCUCUGACUCCACUUGGCAGCAAUGAAAGCCACUCUCCACGAAUCAGUUACCUCCACUCUUCUUAAAUGUAAAACACCUCCAUUUGUAUUACAUAUGGUGUAUGGGUAUUGAUGAGGUUAUGGUAAUCAUAUAUGGGAUUUUUUUCUGUGUAAAUCAUCAAGUAUAAGAAGAAAAUAUGGGACUCUGAGCCUUGCUUUAGAGAAUUUACAGUGGACUAAUGGGUAUCAUCAAACCAGUUUUUAAUCAUUCAGACUCAAGUGAAAACGCUCAGAAUUUCACACUGUGAAUCCACGUUUACAAACCUUACAGGUGGGCCUUCAGGCCUGGUUCGCUGCAAUGACGUCUUCCACAACUCAAACUUCCACUGCUCUCACACAACCGGUCCACUCCUGUCAUUCAUUCACACAGCUCCUGACUGCUACUUGCAGAGGCUGAGAGUCCCCCUUUUUAUUUUUAUUUUUCAUUUAGAUGUAACAAACCGAGUAGUUUAUGUUCAUCAAUUGUCUGUAUAUCUCUAUAUUUUAUCCAUGUACUCUUUUGAUGUAUAGAAGUAGUUUGAAACUCAUUGUUUCCUUGUGGUAAGUGACCGAGAUGCUGCCACAGGACCUGAGACACUGAUGAAUGGUGCUAUUUUGGACUUUCAACAUGCUCCUUGGCGAGGUAGCUCUGAUGGAGUUAUUUUUUAUUUCCAUGUUCUAAGAAAGGUAUUGGUACUCUGUUUCCCUGAAUGUUGUUCUCUAGACUGGACUGACUUGUUUUCCUUGUGUCUUCAGUGUGGCUUUCUUCUUCAGCAUUGUAGGUUGAGUGAAUGCUACCAGAGAGAGAGUGAGAGAGACUCACAUCUCAUUGGCUGGCACUCAUGGGUGUGCAGUCACUGUUACGGGAGCAAUCACAAAACUGUAAUUUAUUUACCAAAUCUCUUCCUUUUGGUAGCACAGCCUGCCUAACUUAGAGAAAGAAAAGCAAUAAUUUAACAGCCAUUUUUUUUAGAUGUCUCUUUUGGUUAUUGUUGUUCAAAAAGAGCUUUGGGGGGAAAAGGGCAAACUCCUCUUUUAUUAUUAUUUUAAUAAAUGCCCUGUUGGGGGGGGGGGGGCGGGGGGACCAAAAACCUAGUAUCCGAGAAUGGAGAUGAAAAUUGCACCUUUCCUAAAAAUUAAGUUGGAAAAAAAAAUGUCUCUACAAAAUAAAAUUAAAGAAAAAAAAGGCAGAGCGCUCUUUUCUGGCAGUUUUAAUAAGCAAGGAAUACAGAUUUUACAUUUUUGUCCUUGCUCCCAGUGAAAUGAAUUAACAAAAACUACAAUCAAACUAAUACCAUCUAUUCACGGAAUGUUGUGUUAGCCAGUCUGAAAGCCCACCUUGAGUUUUUAUAUAACUGUCUUUUAGCUCUUUCCUGACAGGACAGGCUUAUUCUGAACUGUUCUGCUUCUGACUGUUAGAACCCACAGUGCAUGCACCAGGCUUCCUUCUCUUCUUGCUCCUCCUUUUGCCUGAGUUUCUUGUGCAAAUUCUUCCCUCCCUCCUUUAUUAGGAUAGGUAUAUUGGCUUUGUAAAUAGAGCAAGAAAACAGUAUUGUGCAUCUGUGGCAUUUAUGUAGAGUUGCAGUUGUGUACUGCUGAAAAAUGCAGGCUCUUGUAACAGUGUGAUCUUUACUGAUGCACUCAUGAUAAGUACCCAAUGUAUUUUAGCUAUUUUAGUAGUAUUUGUUCAAUAAAUAUGCUAGCUGUAAGGUAA